AUGUACGUGUUGCUGAAGCUGAUCUACCUGUACGUGCAGAUCUUGAUAUCGACCUUUCCGUUUGUGCGGGUCCUGAAGUCGAUCUUCAUGUUCGUGCUGAUCUUCUUGUACGUGCUGAUCUUGUACGUGCUGAUCUUCUUGUACCUGCAGACCUUCCUGUACCUGCAGAUCCUGUUCGUGCUGAUCCUGAACGUGCUAAUCACGUACGUGCUGAUAUUCCUGUACAUGCUGAUCCCUUACGUGCUGGUCCUCAUGUGCGUGCUGAUCUUCAGGCUGUUCAUGCCGAAGCUGUUCAUGAUGCUGGCAUACCUCCUGUGCCUCUUCUCGCGUCCUUCCAAUACAUGCUCGACAGGCAUCUGGGUAGGUUUGCGGAGUAUAUUGGUGUGUGUACUGUGA